AUGACGCCCGAUGGUGGAACUAAGGAACGAAGCACAGUGACAGAGUUUAUCCUAGUGGGCUUUGAGCAGAGCUCCCUUUCCAUUCAGGAUUUGCUCAUUGCCCUCUUUCUAGUCCUCUACAGCCUGGCCAUGGCCAUGAAGGGCCUCAUCAUUUUCAUGGCCUGGACAGACCCUGUCUUAGCCCCAAGUAUAUCUUCCUUGGCCACCUAUCCUUCCUGCUUCAUCACCACCCCCACACCACAGAUGCUGGUCCACCUGGUGGUCAAGAAUCAUACUCUCUCCUUUGCCACUUACUUGACCCAAAUGUAUCUGGUUAUUGGUGUGGGUGUAGCUGAGGGCAUCCUCUUGGCUGUUAUGACCUAUGAUUGUUAUGUUGCUAUCUGCUAUGCACUUAGUUAUGCCCAGAUCAUGAGCUAGCAGGUCUGCGUGAAACUGGUGAGUACUGCCUGGUUCUUUGGGCUGAUCAAUGGUAUACUGCUUGAUUAUAUGACAUUUCAUGGCCCAUUUUGUAGAGACAACUACAUAAAAAACUUUCUUGUGGAGAUCCCUCUGUUUAAUCUGAAGAUGAUCUUUGCCUAUGCCAUCAUGGUGCUGUGCAGCCCAGUGGCGCUCACUGUCAUCUCCUAUGCCCGCAUCCUGACCUCCAUCCUUGGCAGAGCCUCCUCCUUAGGUCAGGGGAAGACCUUCUUUACUUGCACCUCCCAUCUAACUGUGGUCAUCUUUUUCUACACCUUGGCCAUGUUCUCUUACAUGAAACCCCACCGCACACACAACCUUGACAAAGACAAGUUUUUCUCCCUCCUCUACACCAUCACAACCCCCAUGUGCAACCCCAUCAUCUAUGAUUUUUGAAACAAGGAAAAGAAGGGGGCCAUGGUGAGGGCCUUUGGGAGGACCAGCCUGACCCAGGCAGAGUCUGUCUAG